AAACAGCUGCCAACAGCGCGGUGGGCUCUUGCAAAAAUGAGCAGCCCGGGGUCCUCGGAGUAGGAUUGAAACGGCGCACCCGGAAAGUCGCGGUUGGGACCGGAGUCGUGGUCCGGCGGUGUUGUGUUUUUUGUGGGUGGCCCGGACUGGGGCGGCGAGUGCAAGCAGUACAGUGGGUUCUCUGAAGAGACGUCAUCCGGAUUACGACUCCUGCAGGAUGGCGUAAAUCUGGAGCUCUGGAACCGCUUCAGCAACGAGGAUUCUUGAGAAGCAAGACAACGGUUUGUGCACCGGGCCAGUUCUGUUGGCACCGAUGGACUACGUCCGUGUCACCGUGUUUAUAGAUUUGACUUCUUCGUAGCCAUCGUUCCUUACACUCAAAGGAUCUGAUGCCCAGAGACAUAGACGUCGAAAAGGCCUUUUGAUGCCCUACGGAGAACCUCUCGGCAGUGUCAGUAGAAUUGCAGCGAGAUAUCUUGUCAUGAGCCUAUCACAUCUUUCAUAUCCACCGCCUGGUGUACGCUGUCGGUGAUUCAAUGUUGUCCAGAUCGGCGAGAUUGACCAGUGAAGUUGCAGUUUUCUGAUUUACUAUUUUUGUGUGUGUGCUAAAGGCUUCACAAAGCUAGUCUUGUUAAGCGUUGCUAACUUGGAGCGUCAAGGCCUGCUGCGGUCUGAGCCACAGCUUCAGUCCCAUGCAAGCCUGUCACAUGACCAGGCGCACUGAUAAUAUACGUUUUUGAAGGCGAUAUGAGCAGAAGUUAUUUAGACUGUAGUUUGUAGUGCAAACAGCUUUGUUCGCGUGUAACUGUCACAGCUGGGGUAAAUGCCCUACCAUCUGUUCCUUCCUUAGUGGACGGCUGUCGGGUGGUUGGCGUAAUUGUGUGUGAUAUUAUCGUCCUUUGUGGCCAAUUAAAUUUUAUUUUAUCGCAAAUACUUUGCAUUUUACAGCCUUCUGUAUCGUUCAGUAACCACUUUCGUCUACACCAGCAACUCUCACUGUCUUCGCGACGUGCAACUUCGGUGAAUGUGAGUACGCCAUCUGCAGAAGUACAGACACUGAACGCUGUUCCCCGUUAAUUGUACAUGCUUCACCUUGCUCACCGCGAGCCGUCCAACGAGAGGAACUAAAUCGCAGCACAUCCACUGCCGUCCUUGGAGCUAACGUGCCUUUCUGAACUUAUUACGUGUAAUCUACCCUGUCGUGUCGUCUCCUUGUUUGUCGUCUGGUGGUUGUGCGGUCUGCUUGCGUCGUCUUACGGUUUCGUCGUCUGGUGGUCACAUUGUUUGUUUGUGUCGUCGUACGGUUUCGUCGUCUGCGUUUGUCGUCUGCUGGCUGCGUGGUCUGCCUUUGUCGUCUGCUGCGUGCGUGGUUUGCCUUUGUCGCCUGCUGGCUGCGUAGUCUGCUUUUGUCAUCCGUGAAUCAUGGGUUCCUCGAAGAAGUCGCGGACUAGCACCAAGAGCAGCAAGAGUAAGACCAGCAGCCACCGGUCAAAACGACAGCGCCGCUUCGAGGAGGCCGCGGCCGGUCCGGAAGAGGAUCCUAAGGCGGCGCUUCACAGCGAGCGCCGCGCCCUCCUGUGGGCCACCCUGGCCGCCAUGUUGGGCUUGUUCUUGUGGAUCAUCUGCAUCGGCACCGAACAAUGGAUCACCGUAGUGGCGCCCGAUUCGGGCCCCGUGUACGUGAACCGCACCAAGAGCUUCUUCCUGUACGCCAACAUGGGCCUCUUCCGGAUGUGCCGAACCACUGCGCCAGCCAUGCCCAAUGGGACACCCGGAACAGAGCAGAGCUCCUGUUCCUUCUUCAGCGUGUUCCCGUCGGAGGAAGAUAUCCGGCGUGACAUGGAGAUUGACCGCACAAUUCUUGAGUACACCCGCUCGGAGGUGGCGUUCUGCACCCUGAGUAUCGUCAUGCUGCUCAUGGGCAUCGGGUUCUCUGUGUACACAUUCAAGGAGCACCGGUACAUGUUCAAGAGGCUCGCAGGAGGAGUGCACUUCAUCAGCGCCGGCGUCAUGAUGGUGGUCAUGGAGGUGGAGAACAACUCGGCCACCUACGAGCAGCGCUACCUGACCUCCCGGCUGCCGAAGGGUUGCCGCUGGAACUUCGGCUUCUCCUACUACUUCGCCUGGAUCACCUUCAGCAUGUACAUCGUCAUCGGCCUCACCUUUAUCGUUUGCUCGCGCAAACGCAAGGGACUCCCCGAUCUGCACGACGAGCCGCAGAUCAUCGGGCGGUGACCGUCGAGCCACGUACGUGGCUGACCCCGAGUUCGCGCUACCGCGAGGACUCGUCGGAAACCUACGUGCACAGCCGAGUCCCGCUGCAUGCUGUUGCUGUGGGCACGCGAAAGCGAGAGCUGGUCAAGGACCUCGCCAGUGGAGAUGCAGAACGUCGUGCGUGCGUAAUCACGCCUUUUCGGAGUAUCGAUGCAUCAGUGACCCCAGAAGGUGUAACUGCUGCGGUCUAAAAAAAAAAAAAAAAAAGGGGACUGACUGUCCAGUCCCUACGCUUUCGUCUUUCUCGUGGGCAUUUUUUUUUCUCAAUUUCCUCUGGCGCACGCUAACAUGUCGCAGAAGGAAAUAUCUCUCGUUACUGUUUGUAUACAAUGUGAGAAGCAUGAAACGUUUCAGAGCGUGAGCUGUGGAUUGUUUAAAUAUAACGAAAAACUGAUCGGUAGCGCGUAAACGCGCCCUGUCAAGUUGUGACACAGCAGCUUUUCAGUCGACGUUUCCGAACAUGCCGCUCAAACACGCACCGUCGAUAACACUUAAUCACCCUAUACAGGAGUCGACGUGAGCUGCAAACAGCGCUGUGCUACGAUGCAGCAGGCCAUGCCGCCUUCCUGCGGUGGUGUUCUGGACAUUGUACUGGCAAAAUAGCGUCAUAUUGUCGAAUUCGCCAUCUGGACUGUUCCGACAGACUCGUGGGGCUGCUACGGCCUCUCUAUAAUUAGCUCAAGACACCGCCAUCGCAGAAUUAGACAAUAUGGCGGAGUUUGAAUUAUGUCCAGAAUAACCCCUCCGGAUGGCGAACAGCAGCAGGAGUCCACAACUCACGCUGCGGCAAGUGCUAACCUGCUCAGUAUCACAUAAACAUGCUGAUUGUACUCUGUGAAAAAUGAAACUUCAAGCAAUCGCAUUUCUACCGCGCAGUAAUUUCCGUCGCUAAUUCCCUGUGAGCUCGCUUUCACCAUCAUUCUGUGCAGUUCGCCUUUCUGUUAUACUGAAGUGUGCACCUGUGCUCUUGAGUGAAGGACGGCAACAGGAACCAACAAAUGGCGUCUCUUUCUGUCUCUUUUUUACAGGAAAGUGAAGGGAACUUUGAUGCAGCCUAUUGCGUAACUCCCAAGAAAGGCACCGAUAUUGCUGCGACAGUUUUUUUAUCGUCCGCGAGCUCAUUGUCGGCUCAGGGAGGCUGUGGUUGUCGGCAGUCACGGCCUCUUUCUAUGUGAGCAAAAGGCUAGCAGUGCCACUGCUGCAGUCAGUGCAGCGCUAUAGCAAUGCCUUUCCGACGCGUUCAUGUGGAUCAUCUUGAAGUGGUCUUAGCUAUGCGCGCCUGUGCUGCUUGCCGCUGUUUCGUGAGCGUUUUCUAGAUGUCAGCGCACCGAAGAGAUGAAGUGUUCGUGGCAGAUAAAACAGGAGGGAGCUAAGUAACAAAAAAAAAAAAAAAAGGCCACGAAAGCGAAAGGUAGGAGCUGGUUUUAACGCACAAACUGGAGACUUGAGCCUCGUCGCAAAGCUGUGCAGGCUAUUCGAGACGAAGGGUCUAGCAAAAGAAAAGACACAUAUGCACAACAGGAGAAAACGCACCGAAAUGGGGCACAAUAACGCAGACGCAUGCACAAAUACACGAACCCGAACUCAAAGAUGCCCGCACACGAAUGUGCGCACAAGCAUGCACGCAUCACG